AUGAGUUUCCGCUUCGAACCAACCACGGAGCGUGCUCUCAACGAUGAAGAGUUCCUGGCCGAUCUGACUGGAGGAAAUAUGGCAGUCGUACGAUGGAAGCACACGCCAGACGUCUCAGACUUUGACGAUGCCGCGGCGUUCGAGAUCAUUCGCAGGGCCAUCAUGUCAGAGAUCAACGAUCCGCAGAGGCUCCGCAAGGUCGCGGUCGAGAUUGCGGCCCUUUUACCGGCGAACCGGCCGGCUGAGGAUGUUCUAAAGUCUGUGUGGCAGUUGUUUGUGGAAUUAGCGCAGCAGACGCCCUCUGGAAAUAUUGCGAUGCUGGAUCUGGUGGUGAUUCUCGACCAUUUAGCUCUGUCGCCUAGGACCACGGGCACAGUGACGGUGGAUGGCUUCGAGCAAUUGAGUCGUCUUCACGGUCUUGAUCAAGUCAUUAAAGACUGCAUGACCUCACCGUACCAAUCAACCAAUAGGAUGGAAACACUCACCCACUGGAUCAACGUCAAUGCUUUCGCCUCCCUCCUCUGGUCCUACAACCUCAUCGACGGCCGAGACUACGCAAUCCAGCAGCUCCGCACCGCCUUCGAGGACCGCCGCUCGUCAGACGCCAGCGACCGCCACGGUGCCGACGCCCGGCUCAUGGCCGCUGCGCAGUGGGCUAUCCACUCGUGCCAGCGUCUGUAUCAUCUCUCCGUGACAUCUGAGGCGACGUCGCCAUCCGAAGAACAGCCGACGACGAAGAGUGAGGGAUCAGGAGAAGCCAAUGGGAAGAAGGCGAGAAAAAGUAGCAGCAGCAGUGUCGAGAGAUGGAGGUGCGGGCCGCGGUUCAAGGGCCGCGCGGGGUUCUCGUUCAGGAGGUGGGAGUUUUGGCAACAGGCGUUUGAAGAGGCCAAGGAGUUUGGGGAUUGCGGGAUCGAGACCAAGAUCGAGGCCGGGGCGGCGGCUGGAAUGAUGGAGAAGGUUCUGUAUGCUGGAUUUGAAGCUUAG